AAGACAUCAAUUAAUUACACCACAAGUGGCACUUGGAGAGAGAUAUGAUGUGAGAAGACUAGAGGGGGGGAGAAGGUCCCUGUCAUCUUCUUCUUCAUCAUCAUCUCCCCAUAUCCGUUGUUUGCCUUUUUCAUUCCAGCAAAGCUUCUUCUUUCCUUUUAGUUUACAAUUUUGAUUCCUCCUCUCUUCUCUUCUCUUCUCUUCUCAUCUCAAAUCUCAAUCCUAAUCUCAUGGCGGAAUCAGAAGCAGCAUCAGCCGCCAAACAACGAAUCAAAAUCAAAUCUUGCUUCUGAUUUCUUCUUCUUCUUCUUCUUCUUCUUCUUCUUCUUCAUGUUCAUACAUCACCGGAGUCAACGAUCGAAGAGCACUCAGGAUCACGCAUGGCUUCGUCUUCCUCGUCGGCGUCGAGCCCGCAGCAGUACCGGUCGCGGUUCGGCGACACGACGUUGACCAAGGUCUUCGUCGGCGGCCUCGCCUGGGAGACUCCCACCGAGGAGCUCCACCGCCACUUCGAACCCUUCGGCGACAUCCUCGAGGCCGUCAUCAUCUCCGACAAGGCCACCGGCCGUUCCAAAGGCUACGGCUUCGUGACAUUCCGCGACCAGGAAGCUGCGCGUCGCGCGGUGGCGGACCCGAAUCCGGUGAUCGACGGCCGGCGAGCCAACUGCAACAUUGCCUCUUUCGGGAGGCAGAGAACCUCUCCCAGACAGCAAGUUUCAGGGAGAAGCCAACAGGAAGGGAGCACGCCGCAGGGAGUGGGGCCAGCCUAUGGCAGAGUGCCAGCUCAAGUGGGCCCACAAGUGAUCUACCCAGCUCCCUACGGGUACAUGGCCUACCCUCCUGAGUAUGGAUACCAACAAGCUGCAGUGUACAGCCCUCAAAUGGCAUCCUACUACUGUCAGCAGAUGUAUGGACCAACCACACCAACAAAUGUUGGUCCUUCACCCUACCACCACCAUUACCCUAAUCUGGGAUUAGGGUACAGCUUGCAAUCUCCAAGGGCAGGUUUUCCUUCCCUACCACAAGGCCCAAGGACCACUCUAAUGCACUACCCUGCAUCCCCCAUGGAAGGCUUGUUCGUUCCUCCCCAACUCCAUGCCCCACAGCAUGCAAGCACAGCCCUGAAUCCACCACAAGAUGCACAAGCUCUUCAUGAACCCUCCUCCACCAGUGGAGCAAACACAGAUGACCAAGAUGCUUAAGUGUGGCCAUUGAUUUAACAUCUUCCUGCAUGACUUCUGCUCAUCGACUAACUGAUGAGCACUCUUUUCUCAUUUAUUCUUUUCAUUCUGAUUAUUAUUUUUAUAAGACAACAUCUCUGUGCAUCUUUCAUUGAUCUCAAUCUAACUCAUCAAGUUCAUAAAGUCACUUCAGCAA